GACUGCAUCCAGCUGUGUCGCUCCGACCUCACCGCGGAGACGCCCGUCGUCCCCGGCAACGCCCACGCCCACGCCCACCCCCCCCCUCCCUCCGACCCGUCCUCGUCCAAGCGGUCCUACUCCAUGGAGCACUUCCGCUGGGGGAAGCCCGCGGGACGGAAACGCCGCCCGGUCAAAGUCUACACGUCCAACGCCGUGGGGGACGCCGGGACGUUCCCAGGGGACAUGCGCCGGCGGGCGCAGGAGGAACAGGAAGUGAUGGAGGAGGAAGAAGAAGAAGAAGAAGAAGAAGAGGCGGAGAGAAAGGACGCGGCGUCCGGCAACAAGCGCUACGGCGGCUUCAUGAAGAGCUGGGACGGACGCAGCCAGCGGCCGCUGCUCACGCUCUUCAGGAACGUCAUCAACAGGGACGGACGGCGGCGGAAGUGA